ACUUCGUCGGGCGGUAAAUGAAGUUAACUUGGCCUUGUCGCACGCCAGUCUGCUUCUGACAUUCGCGAGUUGCGCUCGAUCGCCGCUCUGAUCGUCUGUGAUAUUACGUUUUUAUUGACCAAAAAGGGAAAAAGUGGCCAAAAAGCGAACCAAAUCCGCUUAAAUUUAAAAAUAUCGAACGAACUUGAGCCGGGACUUAUCAAUCGCAAUGAAAACGUCCAAGCAGCCCACAUUCCUUUUCCUUUUGGCUUGUAUACCCAGCAUAUCCUGGGCAGCUCCCGCACUGCAUUUCACAAGUCCCGAACCGGAUGAACUGGAGGCCUAUCCCACAUCACCCAGCCAGGUCUUACCCAUCCAGCCGGUGUUAAUUUAUCCCAAAACACGGGAGAAUCUCUACCAAGCUCGGACACUGGCUGGACGAAAUGAUGAUCAGGACAUCAUCUAUGUGAGGCUGCUCCAGGAAAAAUCCAGUGCUUAUCGUCCCAAGCAGCAGCGUCUGGUCCUGGAGGAAACGAAAACAUCCCGUCGGAAGGAUCUUAACAUGAAGGACAUCUUCUAUGUGAAGGCCCUCACUAACGGGCGCUUCAGUCACGAGCGCCUGAAGGUCUACAGAGUCCCAGAAUUCUACGCCAUCAGUGUUUUCAGCAAUGGGGAAAAGUAACUGAGAGUCCCGGAGGACUCAUCACAAAAAACAGGAGUAAUUUAAGUUAUUUUUAAGAUGCUAUAAAUAAAUAUCUCAGGAGAGCCAAA